UCAUGACAAACAUUUAAAUUCUCUCUGUGUCUCUAUAUCUCUCCCCUGCUCUCCGUCACCACCCCUCCCAAGACGGCCUCUCCCCUCUUCCCGCCCGUUUCUCCAACCCAGCUCCCUCCAGCAAAAAUGACCAUCCAAAUCGUCCCCGGCUUCAGCCCCACCAACCGCAUCCUCCUGUACGCCAGCCUCGCCCUCUCCCCGGCGCAAUUCGUCUCGGGGCUGGGCAACAACUGCCCCAGCAACCUCGGCUUCUUGGCGUACAACCUCUACACCCAGGUCCAGUGGUACCAGGCCAUGACCGGCUCCUCGGACGACAUCCACGCGCUGUCCCUGAUCCUGCCGCACUUCAACUUCCUGUACAUGCUCUCCUACCUCGGCGGCGUCAGUUCGGGAAAUGUGGCCAUGGGCGCCCUGCUGGGGCUUGGUACGGCUGCUGUGAUUGUGCUGAACACGGUGUCGGCGUGGACGGCGUGGGCGGUGUACCAGCCGCAGGGGUACGGGGUGUAUCAGUUCUUUUUCUUUGGGUGGCGGACGCUGGAUGAGGGGUGGCACAAGUGGUUGUUUAUGCUGUGGCAGGUUUCGGAUUCCGGGCUCGCGCUCGCCGGGAUGGUCGCGGCGAUUGUCAUUGUUGUUUGGUUGGCGGUUAAGGAGCAUGUGGGGGACGGGUUUGCGAAGCGGGUUAAGUGGUGGUAUACGUAUGCCGCGGUGCCCGCGGGAGGGCUGGUGAUGUUGUUCGUUGGCUGGCCACUUAUUUUGUGGACGGAGCUCAUCAUCUCGCGGAACGAGCUCGAGUCGGAGACGGAUAUGGUCGCCGUGUGGCUGUUUGUCGCGCAGGCGGUGACCAUGUUGCUUCCGAGCUGUGGCCUCAGUCUGUCGUGCUUCCGGUGCGGGCUGGGGCGUCAAAAGUCUUCUUCGGUUGUCUAAAGUAAAUCGUGGACAUAAUAGC